AUGGCCGACGACUUCCUUCGCGCAGAAAACGAAUCGUUGAGAGCUCGAGUGACGGAGCUGGAGAAGACGGUAGACAGGCAACAGAGUGAGCUCAUGCUUCUGCAAACCACAUCGGCAGAUCUGUUGCGGCGGAUGGCCAAGCUCGAAAUAUCGUCGUCAGCUACAAAUAGUGGAUUCGCCGGUACAAACUCUGCAAGGGCCCUGCAGAAAACUGCUUCCCGCUUGCCUCCGAGAAAUAUUUCUCAGUCGUCGUACAACAUCGCCAAGACGGGUAGCCCUUCCAGAAAUGGUCUGUCACGAAGUCUCUACAUUCCUUGUUCUCAGGACGUCGAUGAUAGUCCGCGAUCUCACAUCACUCCUGCAUCCUUGAAAAGCGAAAUGGUUAAUGUAUCCAUCGGAAAAAGUUCUCGAGGUAUAACUAAGCUUCUGUAUCUCCGAAAAAUUUAA